AUGGAACCCGAAGGCCCACCCGAACUCGUAGCAUCCAGAAGUUGUCGUAACGAUAAGAAGCUGGUGGCGUUUAUACUUGAACAGCGAAUGAAAUUGAAUGAAUCUUGCUCGCCAACCAUCACGUUUUAUAGUAACGUUAAGAAUAACAUGCAUGCAUUGUGGUUCUACAAUUACUGCGAGUACUACAUUACUCACUAUUCUUCGAGUUGGCCAAACACCACCAAACUGAAAAUGUAUCUACUUGUGCAGCUGAACCUAUUGAUCGCCUACAGCACACCCGGUUCUAAGCAACUCACGGAAGGAUACUUGAAGCGAGCUCGAAUCGCAUACGCCAGCGAGGAAGACUUCUACUGCCUGUAUAACAUUUUACAUGCAAAAGAAGUCAAUACGACCCAUUUCGCAACCGAUGCCUCCGCACAGACUUUAUUCGAUAGAGCUCGUAUGCGAAGAAAUGGAGUUGCUCAUCCGACCCCUUAUAAAUACCGCAUGUUUGAGAAUCACUUAAGCCAAGUGGAGUGCAAAGAAUCAGUUAAGCAUGGCCGUCAUCUCAAUGCUCGCCGCAGCCUGCCAACAGGAAGUACGGCUCUACGCGAGAUGCCAUACGUGAGUGUGCUCAUGAAUGAUUUUUGGGUGCGAUGUCACCAUUGUCUGAUCUACGCACCAUUCGUUCUCAUUCCGUGCCAAUCCUGCUCGUUGGCAAUGUUCUGUUCUGUGACCUGCCGUACACGUGCCUGCGAGGAAUAUCAUUCAAUGGAGUGUGCCAUAAUGCCAAUCCUAAUUGGACAGUGUACGCCCAUUGAGUUUCUCGCUCUGCGCCUUACAAUCCGUGUCUAUAAAAUGUUUCCCAUAACGUCGGAUGCACUCGUUGCGUACAUUCGAGGACUAUCUGACGACGUCAGAGCACAUGAUUACAGUGCACCUGAUGCGGAGGCAGAUUAUCGGAAGAUCUACAGAUUGGCUACCAACCGGCGCCAUUUGUCCAAACAAACCCUGACCUAUGACGGACUGAGAGCAGUCUCACUGGCUAAGAUGUUCGUGCGUGAACAUAAGCUACCGACCAGCUUUGAGGAAAUUCUAGCCGAGCUAACUGUACGCCAUUUGCACAUCCUUCGUGUCAACGCUUUAGUUCUGCAUUGCUCCAAGGAGGACAAUUCAAAAGAAGAGUACAAUUCGACAUCGGAGCCAUACGCACUAGUUCUGCUCACGACGGGCAGCAUGUUCAACCACUCAUGCAACGCAAACGUAGAAUAUCAUCUGUCGCGGGACGGUGAAAUUGUAUUUGUAACUAAUACUUACAUUCCAAAAGGCUCACAGAUGUACAUCGACUAUCGCAUUAAUCCCUUGGAUAGCAGAUAUGUCUUUGAAUGCUACUGUCAUCAGUGUGCAAGCAAACGUGUGCUAAGUCAACCAUCAUUUGUGUCGGAAUACAAGGGAGUGUUUUGA